CUGUUGCUUACCAGAACCUGCCACUCAGCAGCAGCAACAAAUAAGGAUGGAAGCAGGUAUGACUACCAUUUGUUUAUGGUUGCUGUCCUAGCAGCAGCAGGAGACUGGAGACAGAGCCCUUCCCUCCAGCCUCUGUAGUGGGAGCAACCAUGGCCUGGAGUUUCCGUGGGAAAACUCAGCUCGGGGCUCUGCUCCUCUCUUUCCUUGGCUGGGUCUGCUCAUGUGUCACCACUGCCCUGCCUCAGUGGAAGACUCUCAAUCUGGAACUGAACAAAAUGGAGACCUGGAUCAUGGGCCUUUGGGAGGUCUGCGUGAAUCAGGAGGAAGUUGCCACUGUGUGCAAGGCCUUUGAGUCCUCCUUAUCUCUGCCCCAGGAGCUCCAGAUAUCCCGUAUCCUCAUGGUGGCCUCCCAUGGGCUGGGAUUUUUGGGGCUUCUGCUCUCUGGCUUUGGGUCUGAAUGCUACCAGUUUCACAGGAUCAGAUGGGUAUUUAAGAGUCAGCUUUGCAUCCUGGGAGGGACUUUGGAGGCAUCAGCUUCAGUCACUACCCUCUUUCCAGUCUCCUGGGUGGCCUACACCACAAUCCAAGACUUCUGGGAUGACAGCAUCCCUGAGAUUGUGCCUCGGUGGGAGUUUGGAGAUGCCCUUUACUUGGGCUGGGCGGCUGGUACUUGCCUGGCCCUCAGUGGGUUACUCCUCAUCUUCACGGCCUGCCUGGAAAAGGAAGGUGUGCCCUCUCCCCAGAUGGCUGGUCCUACAGUCCCACCAUCCCGGGCUCCAGCAGAAGACUCUGAUGGCUCCUUUCAUCUACUACCAAGACCUAGGAACCUGGCCAUCUAG